GAUUUCACGAGACUUUCAAUAUUUUCGUCCGAAACAAGUCGAGAUUUUGGGAUUGGAGCAGUCUUCACGAAUUUUCCAAACCAGGGACGAUACUACAGGAAUCGAACCAUUCCCAGUCCGUGAUUUGAGCCGAAUUGGACCAGUUUGAGGAGCCGUUUUGCUUCAGAUUUUCUCCCCCGCUCGAAAAUCCCCUCGGGAAUCACACGACAUCUCCGCACCCAACCCAGGAUUCCCCGCGAGUCCAAGAUGGAGGAUCUUGCUGUGGAGGUGUGCGGUCAGAACGGCGCAUUUUAUACGGCCUAUAUAAGAGAUAUCCAUGAGGAAGAGGUGACAGUAGCUUUUGAGAAUGACUGGCAGCCAGAACGCAAAGUCCCGUUCCAGGACGUGCGACUUCCUCCGACCCCCGUAGACGAUUACGAACCACAGGAGGGCGAUGAAGUGGAGGUACAUGCGUUGGCAGAGACGAAUGAUGAGCCGUGUGGCUGGUGGCCCUGCAGGGUAAAAAGGUGCAAGGGAGCCUUCUGUGUGGUGGAAUACCUCGACCUGGAGGCAACGUUUAAGGACAUUAUAGACACAGGAAAAAUCCGCCCGGCAAACAAAAACCCUCCAUUGACCAAGAACUCCUUCCACAAGUGUACGAUAGAUGUGCCUGAAGACCUCAGGGAAUGUUGUCGAGUAGAAAGUAAUCACAAUGAGUUCAAGAGGGCCUUGAAGUUGAAAGCAGCGUCCGUGGUCUACAACACGGACCUGAACGCAAUCGUAGUUAUCUCGCACGAUGAGGCGGCGGUGAAGAGAGCGCAGAUUUUGAGUGACAUGCACUUCCGUAGUCUACGAACAAAGCUCAUGCUGGAGGCAAGGAAAAAGGAGGCACAACAACAGCUCGAGACCACUAAAGCCAUGCAGCGGCAGUGUCUGGAGGAGUUUUCUGUGCGAGAGGACUUGAUGGGGCUGGCUAUCGGGUCACACGGGGCCAACAUCAUGCAGGCCCGCAGACUGCAGGGGGUCACCGCCAUCGAACUGGAAGAACAAACAUGCACCUUUAAGAUUUAUGGAGAGACAAAGGAGGCAGUUCAGCAAGCCAGGAGUAUGCUGGAGUAUAAACAAGACGUUGUCCAAGUCCCAAGAAAUCUCAUAGGAAGAGUAAUAGGAAAGAACGGCCGUGUUAUCCAAGAGAUUGUGGACAAGUCUGGGGUAGUCAGGGUGAAAAUUGAGGGGGACAACGAGAAAGAACACACAGUAGAGAGGGAGGAGGAUCCAUCGGCAAAGGAUUCUGUCCCAGAACACGUGCCAAUGAUCUUCAUCGGAACCAUAGAGCAGAACAGCAACGCCCGCAUGUUGUUGGACUAUCACCUCGCACAUCUAAAGGAAGUUGAGCAGCUUCGCAUUGAGAACCUACAGAUAGCAGAAGAGCUGCGGAAUGCCGGGGGCGGGUCUGGCGGCUCGUACUUCCCCCCGCCGCGCGAGCGUCGCUACAGCACGGACUACACGUCCGACACCACGGAGGGCACUAGCAGGGGCAGGGGUCAGGCGUACGGCAGAGGGCGGGGCCGCGGUGGCAGCAGGGGGCGGGGCCAGGGAGGCAGAGGCCGGGGGGGCAGGCGGUACCAGGGUGGACGCAACGCUGGCCCUGAGAAUGAUCGCCGUCAGCAAGACGAGCUCAGUGAUUGGUCGUCUGCGGUAACAGAGGACAGCAUGUCAGAAGCGAGUGGUGUACGCGGCAGCCGGUACUCUGGCAACCGUGGGAGGGGCGGCCGCCGGCCUCGCAUGAACACCGAGCCUAACUUUGACCGCGAGGUUCGCCAGGGUGACAACCACAAUCCUUUCGACGUCCUCAACCAAGAUGAGAACGAAAAUGGCGACGUGAACGGGCGUCCCCAGCGGCGCAACAGGGACCGCAGGCAAAACGACCGGCGGAGGCGUAACGACGAAGAGGACUCGGUGCUCGACACGGAGGGGGAAACGAACAACGAGCGGGGUAGGGGAACAAACGUGACAUUGUAUUCAUACAUUCAGCAGGAAGAGGCCAACACUAGCAGGGACGGUAACAAAGAUAGCGCUGGGAAGAACCGCAGGAGACGGAACCGCCGGCGCCGCGAACGCCAGAACACAGUCAUCUUCAACGAAAACUUCAAGAAGGAAUCCCCUGAGGCCGCCAAGGGUGACAGGGCCGAGGAAACCUCAGGGCACGAAACCGCAAAGUCCACGGACACCUCGAAAAUGAUCAGCGAAAACGAGGAGAAGCCUGACGCACCCAAGCAGCAACGCCCGUCUCGAUCCAAACGCGGCCCCAGGGGGGAUAGACAGAGGGGAGGUAGCGAGAAAAGUGCAAUAAACGGGGACGGGGGCCCAGGCAUCCAGGAACACAGUCAGCAGUUAGUCAACGGGACUGCCUAAGAAAAAACUGUGAAAAAUUCUAUGCAGAGCUUUAUUCAAGUGUCUUCGAAUUAUUGAAAUUACCACUAUAUACUGUUCAGAAUAUGCAUUAUUACACUUGGUACUUGGGUAGUAGCAGUGGAACUCAAGAAAACUUAAACUUUUCUCUUUAAAGGGUAGACAAGCAGCCAAAUUAAGAGAAAGAGUACUAGCAGCGAGGACUGUCCAUAUGUUACUGAAGAAGUUUUUUCAGUCCCCUUUGUGUAAUACUAAUGUUGGCAAUCAGGUCAAACUGAUGUGGAACCAGCCUGGUAGUCAGACUGUUUCCAGGGCCUACACAGGCCAGCUCUAGGGCCAAGGAAGUCUUUCCCUGGAACCUCUGAGGAUAGCUGUUGGGUGGCCUGUGUAGGCCCUGGCUUCCAAGGUGAUGUGGAACACUGUGUAUCUGGAACAAACAACCACAGAGCUGUCAAACUUGUGUGAGACAUUGGCCAUGACACUUUUUUCUGUACCGUGCGACUGUGAAGUGUGAAACAAGAGUACAGUAUAAAGUAGAACUCGCUACUUGAGUUCUUUGCCAAUGGUUACAGUGAUCACUUGUUGCUCAAAUCACAACAGAACCCUAAACCUCAUACCAAUACCUCUACCUUGGACUUGACCAUUGUUCUCAACAUAACAAAAAUAGCAACAAAAAAAUACAAAAGAAGGAAAAAAAACAUUUCGUGGAACUUCCAUCAAGAUAUGUACAUUGUAGUUGUAAAAAGUAUUCUUGAAAUGUUUCUGGUGGAGACUUUCAAAGAGAGAACACUGUAACCUCAUUAUAAGGUAUUGUUUUCCUUAUUGGUCAUUGUACGCUUUUGUUUAGUUUACGAUAUCUUUAAGAUACUAGUACUCUUCUUGUUGUAUUGAAGCCAUGGGAUUUAUAAGGGAACAUAGGUUUUCUUCUUUAGUUGGUAUAUAUGGAUACCCAGUUGUAUGAAUUGCUGCUGGAAGCUUAGUAGUGAUGGUAUCCAUGCUUAUGUCUGUGUCCCCUUGAAAUAUUGCAGCCAUAUGAGUUUGACCUGUAGAAACAUAUGAUAUCUUUGAUCCAAAAUUUUAUAUGAAAGGUUCUAUCUCUGUAGAAACUAGCAAAAGGAGCUUCUUUUCAGGCUUGUAAUGUUAUUUUACCAUCUUCAUGCAUGGUUUGGAAUAUGUUUUGGUGUAAAACAGGGCCACACUGAUUGUAACAAAUAACUUGGUUCAUCAACCUAACACUCAAGAAGAAAAACAAGUAAUCCAGAACCUCUGAAGUAGAACAGUCACAGUGCAUAUCACCUGGCUAUAUGAUGGAUAUGUAUGUAUUGGCAGAUCUAUAUUAGCAUACCAGUUUCUUAAGGUAACGUUUGCAGUAUUAUCUCAGUUUUUUAGUCAAGGAACCAAGAGAUCAGUGUAGUUCCAGUUCCUGCACACAGAUAUUUAGAAGGUGUUCUGUUGCAAUAACAUAAUCUUUGCAUGGGAGACUUGUCUGAAAGCAAAACACUAACAGAGAUACAGUACCAUUGCACAGUCUUCCUAUGUACAGGUGUUGAAGGACACUUAUGUUGCAUGCAAUCUUUAUUACGUUAAUAAUCAUGGGCAUGGUGUAAUUUGUCUUAUGUCUUCCCCAUUGACAGUACUUUUUUGUCGAUGGUGGCUACUGUUUUGAGUAGAGAGUAUCCUGCAUAUUGGAGUUGUUACGAAAAGGUGUUAUGUUGAAGAUAGACGAUUGUGUGUAUGUGUGUGUGUGUGAGUGUGUUGACUGUAUGGCUGUUCCCUUGUACGAUUGUGUCAUGGACAAGUAAUUAUGGCAAUAGCCUUCUUCAUCCUGGCUCGACAUGUACUAUAGUCAUGGAUUGAAAAAAUGCCACUUAAAUACAAAACAGAAAACAAGAACAAUGUGCGCUCAGUCUUGUCAGUGCAAGUGCCAUAGUAGGACACUUUGUCGAAAUGUAGACAAUUCCACCUGGCUUGUUAAAACUGUCAUUUACAUUUAGAAGUUUUAUUGGCCGAGCCCUUAUAAAAAAUGCUGCUACCACUUGCACUACAGUGCUGAGCAAUUUCCCAACAAGCUGGCUGGACAAGCGUUCAGAACCGGGAACCCUGUACUUUGUCUCUACACCUCCUCUCCUCUCGGAUUGUUCAACAUUUGAUAUGAUGAUGUAAGAGUUACUGUACCUAAGUUAAGUCUCAGCGGAUUGUUUGCCUUGCCAAAGAGUGAGAAGUUCUGUAUCUUGAAAAGUGUUUAAGUGAAUAAAAGAUAUCUUCAGUAAAA